UGCUUGAAGUUUCUCAUGUGUCGGAGACCACAAAAACCAAGUGAAGCAAAAGCAGAGAGCCCAAGAAUCUCUCUGUCUCAGGGGAGAGUUUUGAGUAGUUUAUACGUUGGAAAUGAUGAGGCAGAGGCAGUGUAACUGCUAAAAAAAACUCGCCACCACUUGGUUUUUUCUUUGUUUGCUGCUUUCGACUGGGGGGGCUUCUGUUUUGUAGGGAUCUGAAGAUAGAUUCACUUCCGUUUACAAAACACACAACAAACCAACCCUGCCCUUCUUACCAAAACACAACAGGACAACCUCAAUGCAUACAAACACAAAACACCCCAUCACAACAAACAACAUCAAGAAGACAACAUUCCUCAGAGAUGGCCUCUUCCUCUUCCUCUUCUUCUUCUGCUGCUGCUGCAAUUUCCACAUUUGUUGUUUUCCUCACUGUUGCCUCUAUACUUGGCACUUCCCUCUCAGCACACACCCCAACGGGUUCAGUCCAUGACCACCGGGUCAACCAAACGUUUCAGCCGGGCAAACAUUCACAGAGGCUGAAGAGAGGCGGCACCAAUGCUUAUCUCAGAAAGAUCAACAAACCAGCAGUCAAGACUAUUCAGAGUCCUGAUGGUGAUUUGAUAGACUGCGUUCUCACCCAUCUUCAACCAGCUUUUGACCACCCUGAGCUCAAAAGGCAGAAGCCAUUGGAUCCACCAGAGAGGCCUAGAGGAAAUGAAUCAGCAGAAGCAGCGGCAAAUACCUUUCAGCUAUGGACACACAGUGGUGACUCAUGCCCAGAAGGAACCAUUCCGAUCAGAAGAACCACAGAAAAGGACAUUUCGAGAGCCAGUUCCAUCCAAAGAUUUGGAAGAAAAAUGAGAAGGAAUGUGAGGAGAGACUCAACAGGCAGUGGCCAUGAGCAUGCAGUUCUUUUUGUGAAUGGUCAACAAUAUUUUGGGGCGAAGGCAAGCAUAAAUGUGUGGUCGCCUAGCGUCACGGACAUGUACGAGUUCAGUUUAUCGCAAGUCUGGGUCAUCUCUGGUUCUUUUGGCAACGACCUUAAUACCAUUGAAGCCGGAUGGCAGGUCAGUCCAGAAUUAUAUGGAGACAACUAUCCAAGGUUUUUCACUUAUUGGACAACUGAUGCAUACCAGGCAACUGGAUGCUACAACUUGCUCUGCUCGGGCUUUGUCCAGACUAACAACAAAAUUGCUAUUGGUGCUGCAAUUUCCCCGAGAUCAUCCUACACUGGAAGACAAUUUGAUAUUGGUGUAAUGGUCUGGAAGGAUCCAAAGCAUGGACACUGGUGGCUGGAAUUUGGUUCAGGGCUAUUAGUUGGGUAUUGGCCGGUAUUUUUGUUCAGUCACUUGAGGAGCCACGCCGACAUGGUGCAGUUUGGAGGAGAAAUCGUUAAUACCAGAUCGAGGGGGUUUCACACAUCCACACAGAUGGGUAGUGGCCAUUUUGCAGAAGAAGGAUUCGGGAAAGCAUCCUACUUCCGAAACUUACAAGUCGUGGACUGGGAUAAUAAUUUACUUCCUCUUUCGAAUCUCCAUCUUUUGGCAGAUCAUCCAAACUGCUAUGAUAUCAAACAAGGGCGAAACAAUGUCUGGGGGACUUACUUUUACUAUGGAGGUCCUGGAAGGAAUGUAAGAUGUCCAUGAACAGUGAACAGAAUGAACUAGGUUAGAGUGUCAUUUAUUCUUCUUUUUCCACCCAAUUUUUCAGGGAGUUAGCUCAUCAUCAUCCCAGUUUUUACAUGUUUUUUGGGUCAAUUUUCCGUUUUUGAUAUUUCAUUAUUACUUUUAACUGGUCACCGAUCAAUUGUCCCACUUUGGGACUAUGUAUAUGGGAAAUGAUUGAGGUGUUAAUAAUACUGGUUUGUGGCUUGUGUCAUGGUUCUUAAAA